UCCAGUCCGUUCUCUUGUGGUGUGGUUAUGCGGCUGUUGCAGGUGGUGGUGGUUGGACUGUGGGCUGCGGCAGAGCUGGCUGCAGUCCGAUUCGAGCCAGAAGAUCCAGCUUGGGAAUGGGAGCCCAGGAAGACCCGCGGUUCUUAUCAAUUUCAGGCUCAAAAUAUUCCUGAUGUGGACAAAAAACACGUCCGCUAUGACUUCGCGUACAGUGUGCGAGAUGACGACACAGGGGCAGCGUACAGCCACAAAGAGGAGCGGUCGGGGGACACCACACAAGGCGAGUACCGUGUCAGUCUGCCAGACGGCCGUAUCCAGGUUGUUUCGUAUAUAGCAGACGAGAACGGUUAUCGAGCUAAGGUGUCAUACGAACCUGCCACACCGCCUGUAGAAGUCAACAGCGCUCUCAAGUACGCUCCCAAGGCAGCAAAGUACCGCCCAAGAGGCCGUUCUAGGCACAGAAGCAGACAGCGGCGGCCCAGAAUACACAAGCGUCCCCGCACACGACCCAACGACACUCGGUACCAUUCUUCUCAACGUUCCUACCUGCCUGACCCUCCGUCUUCUUACAUUCCUGCACCAAAGGACACCUACCUUCCGCAGCCUCCGUCUUCCUACAUUCCUGCAUCAGAAGAAGAUUCUUACCUUCCGAAACCUGCGUCUUCCUAUCUUCCUGCGUCUGAGGAGGAUUAUUCUUACCUUCCGGAGACCCCUUCCUCUUCCUACCUCCCUUCGUCGGAAGAAGAGGAUUCCUAUCUCCCUGUGCCUCCUUCCUCCUCCUACCUUCCUGCGUCAGAGGAGGAGUAUGAUGAUGAGGAGGAGGAGGACGAGGACUAUCUCCCGGAACUCCCGUCAUCCUACCUCCCUAAAACACCAUCGUCGUCUUACCUCCCUGCUUCAGAAGAGAAUUCCUACCUCCCAGAACCCCCUUCCUACCUCCCUAAACCGCCAUCUUCUUCCUAUCUUCCUACUUCAGGAGAGGAUUCCUACCUACCGGAAAUCCCGUCUUCUUACCUCCCUAAACCUCCGUCCCCCUCCUACCUUCCUGCGUCAGAAGAGGAAGAGGAGCAUUCCUACCUACCGGAAACCCCGUCAUCUUACCUCCCCAAACCUCCCUCCACCUCCUACCUUCCUGCGUCAGAAGAGGAGGAGGAAGAGGAGGAUUACUAUCUCCCAGAACCCCCGUCCUCUUAUCUCCCUAAACCUCCUUCAUCCUCCUAUCUUCCUGCUUCAGAAGAAAAGGAUUCGUACCUCCCGGAGCACUCGUCCUCCUACCUCCCCAUCCCAACAAAGGAACUGCAUCCCAAACACUCGGCGUCUCAUCCAUCAGAACCUGAUGAUGCUUAUCUUCCUCCAUCCUCCACUCCUGCGUCUUACCUGCCCCCUAAGGAAGCCUCUUCUUUCGAUCCUUAUUCAAAUUCCUUGCCUAGUUUCCCACCGCCACCUCAUAUAGCGCUUUCAGAAAGACCGCGCCAAGCUUCACAACCUCACUACGGGUAUUCGUCCACCCCACGCCUGGACAAAGAGCUGGAAGUGACAACCUACAGACCCCAACGUCCACCUCUCACCACCCCCUCCACUUACUCAGGUCCUACCAAAGACAGUAAUUCAGUCUUCCCUGGCCCCACGACCGCCAUUCCUUCAAGCACUCAUCGUCCACUUAAGCUUCCCGAGGUGACCAGUUAUAAGCCAAACAAACCUUCUUCUCUCCCUACCUCCACGUUCUUCCCUACACCAGCUGAGGAGGAAGCCCCAUCAACAUACAAACCUUCCGCUACGGUCUCCCCAGCCACUCCUUCGCCACAACUUACAACAUACAAGCCUUCCACCACAGCCUCGUCAGACACUCCUUCCACCACCCGUCCCACUACACGCCCGUUCCCUCUGUCCUAUUCCCUCGCUCCUAAACCAUCACAUCCUCUCCACCCACAGCACCGUCUUACCCUUUGUCUCUUCCCGUGCCGUACACACCAGCACCUUCUUACGGGGAACCCUCACCCCAACCUUACAAACCUCCAUUGCCACCCUAUUUUGGUCCACAGUACGGUCCACGCUUCCCUGGCCCACUGUACCCUCCUCGUAUCACAGGGAUUCCACCUCAACUAAGCAUUACUUCAAAUCCUAACCCUGUCUCUACUCAUACUCCCACACAGAUCUCUACCUCUCCUCAUCCUUCAACACCUGCUUCUUCCUCAUCAUCCUCGUCAUCUUCCCCUACACCGUGAACGAAUUCUUCCGUUGUAUCGUUUUUCCUCAGUGUCUUUCCCCUGUAAAGCAUUCGAUCUAGUCCAUCUCAAUCACUAUUGGUUCUUUUAUUUUAGUUUUAUCUUACUAUAUGGAAGCAUAGUUUUGAGAUUUGUUAAUUAUUGUUUGUGAAACUAUACUGUAACCGUACGUAUACAUACACAUACAUACAUAUACACACACACACACACACACACACACACACAGGAUGAGAGACUAAAGGCUAUGGAUCUACCAACCCUGGAACAAAGAAGGGAGAGAGGAGAUCUGA